AUGGAUAGGGUUUCUAUCCAUGAAGAAAGCAUCGGCAGAGUCAUAGUCUCCGAUUGUUGCUCCGCUUGGGGUUGUGCGUUCACAUCUCCAGCAGGGUCUUUUGGAGCAUUCUGGAGCAUAUGGGACGUAGGAGCAUGGAGGACUUGGUGCAUGGACGCAGCUCAACUGGAUACGCAAAGGAAGAAGGAGGAAGCCAUCUUGAAGACCAGCUCGACCACCUACUCGACCAACCGGUCGAGUUCCUCAACUCGACCGGCCAAGCUUCAACUCGAUCGAGCUGAGAAGUCAAAGUCAAACCCGAAAAAUGUUGCUUCCCCCUUGACUUCCUUUGACCCUAAACCUAAUCCUCUUGUAUUUAAAGGCUAA